UUAUUUUCGAAUAAAUAGUACAAAGUUGAAGAAGCAGCAGCCGCAGUCGCAAACGCAAACGCAGCUCCCGGUUUCAUCUCAUCCCAUCGCAACCCCACGUAAAAACGGCGAAAUAGUACAACCGACAGCAGCGGUCAAGAUAGUAGCAAAACUAAUUAAAUUUGCGACUUAGUUGCUUAUUGAAUAACUAUAGUAAACAUUGUUUGCCCAAAUUUGCCAUUUUGAACUCUUGGAAAUUCGACGAAAACAAAAAAGGGCUUAUCAUAAUGGUUCUUAAAAUACUGUGACAGCUCAUUGUUUAAUCGUAGGUCAGUUUGGUACAGGGACUUAUGAGUUUGAUAAACUCUAAUGAUAUUUAUUUCAGAGAAAUCCCAUUGACGCAUUUAAAAAAAAAUGAUUCAAUUAAUAACCAAAUAGUUCGGAAAUUUUAUAAUAAAGACUAAAUGAUCUGAAAAACAAAAUUCAAAACUAUAAUCUACAGUUUAGAUCAAUUAAACUAGUAACUUAAAGAAAUGGAAGAACACGUUUAUUUCAAAAGCAAACGUCAACAAAAUGUCAGUGCAGUAGUUAGCGCUAUUAUUUUGACCGCACUUGUCCAUUUCUUACGCAUGCACAGUGGGUCUUUGUUUAUUGUUGACCCGUCAAAAUUAAUUCAAUUAAUUCAAUUGAUUAAUUGUUUGUUUUUGCACAAACAUAACCAGCUGGAAUGUCGAGAUGAUUCAACGUGUCACGAUAAUCGUUCACGUUUUCGGCGCCAAAGGUGUCAGGCCAUUAAUUAAGCCCACGAUAUGAUAAUUGAUCUUGGCAGUUGAUCAUCCAUUUUUUUUGUGCUUUUAAUGGUUUUGCGACCACUGUGCCCGCCGUGUACGCGUCUUACGUAUCUGCUCGAUAUUCCGCUGAUGCGAUGCCUGGUCCCAAAUCCGUAUCCGUAUAUUUUCGUGUGGUGCGUCUGUGUUUCGAAUGUGUUUGGCUGUAUGUUUCGGAUUCGGCGUCUGAAAUAAACGAAAUAGGAAAUUUUGGUAUUUUCUUUAUAUAAAUAGAUUUCGCCAUACGCAGUCUACGGAGGAAAAUGUUGAAAACGGUGAAAAUGUGAAAAGUGAAUGAAACGCAUGUGUAUCUCUCGCAGUGCCAAACGACGCAACAAAGCCGGGCAAAUUAAAUAAAAACUCAAUUAAGAUUUCAAUAAAUUAUUGAAAUAAAAAUGUGAGCAGUGAAAAUGUGAAUAUCCAAACAGAGAGCAAAGAGAGUGACGCGAAAAACCCGAAACAAAAUACACAUUUUCCGAGAUACUUUUGCAAAAUGCAAGCCGAUUCGAGCACCACCACCACAACAACGACCACCAAGACCAAGAAACUGAGCAGUGGGACGGGAGGCAACAUGAUCAGUUCGGUGGCGGUGACCAGUGCCAUUAAGACUACUACGACGACACGGAAGCCAGCAGGUUCUGGAACCAGUCCCAAAUCCCCCAAAUCCCAGGCAUCAUCGAGUGCAUCUUUAGCCGCUAACGAUUCCAAUGCAGAGAUUGCCGAGCUGACCAAGAAGAUCAACGAGCAUGCCGAUGCUAUUUAUCACACGUGGAAGAGCCAGGGCAUCCCGCCACCGGAACUCCUGCAGAUGUACACAAAUGCUGCCGCCUCCGGUGAUCUUUCGGAUGUGGCCUCACCUACCGCCGACGCCGAGGGUCUCCAGAAGAUCGUCACCAGCUUCGUCAACAAGGACAAGGAGCAGCGUGGCAAAACCAACAGCCUAAAGAAAUCCGACAUCACUUCCAAUGGCAAAGUAAAGGUUAAGCCCGUAGUGACAAGCUUUAAUCCUGUGCCGGAUCAGGCAUUGCAAUCACCAAAAAAAGUAGCCUCCAUCUCCGUCACCAAGCCCCUGCCCGAUGUUAAUCUCAAUUAUGACAUCAGUCUGGAUCUGGAUGUGAACAAUCUAUCCUCGCAGCAAACACAAAAUCUGCUCAAAAUCAGCGAGCUCAUACAGCAGCAGAAGGAUACUCCCAGCACAGUGGGCAAAAAGCGACAGAACAGCAAGGCCAAUACCAACAGCAACGUAAGCAAUUCAGUUGGCAGCAACAAGUUAACAGCCUCUGAGCAACCCACCAAAAAACAGAGCAAGGCCAGCACUAGCAGCAGUAGCAGCAGCAGGAACGGAUCAAUUGCUGUUAGUUUAGAUGUCGUUGAUAGUCCAUCGGCGGCGAGAAUGGCUAACAGUGUGGCAUUGAGUGAUAAGGGCGGCGAGCCAGCGGCCACAAAUCGCACAAAGUCGAGCAAAACCAAAGAAAAUAGCGUCGAUUCGACGAAGCCGGCCACCAAAGAAAAGCCCACAGCGGUAGCAACUGCCACCACCGCACGGAAAUCAACAAGUCGCAUCGCCACUGAUAACACCGGCAACAUAGCGGCAGCAGCAGCAUCGACAUCAGCAACAUCGGCGACACCAGCAGCAACAGCAACAUCUAUGGAUGCAACGCCAGCAACAUCGGUCAGCACAACGAUGCCAACGUUGAAUAAAGUCAAACCGACCAGCGGGGCGCGGGCGGCCCUCACCAAUGGCCAGGAUAAAAUGAAUCUCCUCACCCGCGGCUCCGUGGCCGAGCGCGUUCUCAUGUUCGAGAAGUGUCCGGAUGUGCGGCACGCCUUCCUCAACAUCAAACGCCCCCAGACGGACACUCCGCCCAAGAGUCUCAUAAAGGUCAAGCUGCAUGCCACACCGCCCCCGCCGCCCCAGGAGCAGAAUCUGCUGCAGAAGGAAAUACGUUCCACGAAGAGCGUUUACAUACCCAGAUUCUACUUUCCACAUGGCAAGCCACAGCCCAAUAUCGCCAUGGAGCGGGUGGUGCGGGGCAUUCUCUCCGCCUUCGACAGCUUUCCCAACAACCAGGUAACCAAGGACGAGCUACCUCGCAUCUUGAAGAUCUGCGGCCUGCCCUUUUACUGGCGCAUGCCGGUGAUGGUCUUCUGCCAGUCGGCCAGCACGGGUCUUGUCGAGCGCCAGCGGUUCGUCGAGUUCUGGAAACAGAUGAAUGUUUAUUGCCAUGAAGCGGCCUCGAGAUUCGUGUACAUUCUCUCGCGAGGCCAGCGAUUCCGUUCAUACAUCGUGCCAGAGGACCUGGUGCCAAUGGUGCAGGAUGUGGUUGACACACACCCCGGCCUGGCCUUUCUCAAGGAAGCCACCGAGUUCCAUUCCAGAUACGUGCACACAGUCAUCGCGCGCAUUUUCUAUUCGGUGAACCGCAGUUGGAGCGGCAAGAUCACAAUAGCCGAACUGAAACGGUCCGAUCUGCUGGAGAUGAUUAGUUUGCUGGAGGAGGAGGAGGACAUCAAUCAGAUAAUGGCCUUCUUCAGCUAUGAGCACUUCUACGUGAUCUACUGCAAAUUCUGGGAGCUAGACAAGGAUCAUGACCUAUUGGUGAACCAGGAAGAUCUGGCAAAGCACAGUGACCAUGCCUUGUCGUCGCGUAUUGUGGAGCGGAUCUUCUCGGGAUGUGUGACGCGCAGCGAUAACAAAAAGGCUCCCGAGGAUGAGGCUAAGAUGUCCUAUACGGACUUUGUGUGGUUUAUCCUUUCGGAGGAGGACAAACGGACGCCGACGGCCAUUGAGUACUGGUUUCGAUGUAUGGACGUCGAUGGAGAUGGUGUGCUGUCCAUGUACGAACUGGAGUACUUUUACGAGGAACAGCAACAGCGAAUGGAGGGAAUCGGCAUCGAGUGUCUCCCGUUUGAGGACUGCCUGUGUCAGAUGCUGGAUAUGAUAAAGCCAGCGAAUCGCGACUGCAUCACACUGGGAGAUCUGAAGCGUUGCAAGAUGACGCACGUCUUUUUCGAUACCUUCUUCAAUCUGGAGAAGUAUCUGGAUCACGAACAACGAGAUCCCUUUGCCUCUCAACGUGACGAAUAUACCUCCGAUUGGGAUCGCUUUGCCGCACAGGAAUACGAGCUGCUCAUAUCGGAGGAGAACGAUUGAAGGUCGCCAAAAGAUAUUUAUUAACUUACAAAUUUUUAUACAAAUUUAUACACUACGAAAUGAAAAUGAAACAGAAAAACAAACAAAAAGAAGGAACUACUAUUAGUCCAUAUGUGCAAUAAAUUCAAAUUAUUUAU